AUGCAUGCUUCUUAUCCAAAUUCUCCUAUUGAUGACGAUGAACAUUUUGAGUUCGUUGACUAUACUGCAGCUUCACAUUGGGAACGAUUCAUUACAACUGUCGAAGAAGUUUUAACAGGCUGGGGUGUAAAUGAUGGUCAACUUGGAAUAUUUGACGAGUCAAAGUUACCCCCUCUUGGUGAUAAAAUUUCUACUAAAAUAGUCGGAGGCAUUGAUCCUUUUGUAAAAAGAGAGAUAAUAAUUCUUGAUGACACUUCUUAUACUUUAUCAUAUCAUUAUCACCCAAUAAAACGGUGGAAUGAAUUUGCUAUAAAUCACUCUCCUAUUUCAAGCGGUUCUACUUUGGAACCUCCUCCUCCACCACCAAUUACAACCCUUUUUCCCCCAAAUCCUGACACAUUUUUACCGAGUUCAGAAUUCCUUCCUAUUUCUUUACCGAAUACUUCACUGGAAUCGACAUCAAUGAAUUUAAGUAAGAUUCAUCGAUGGACAGGUCUAACUCAUAUCUUGGUAUUGUCUCCAACAGAUAUUUUUUCAACUGGAGCUACCUCAAAAUCUACAAGUAUAGAUCUUAAUACUACAAAGAUGUUACUAUCUUCAUUUGCAAUUGCGUUCCAUAAUACGAAAUGCAAGCUUCCGGUUUAUGUUCCGAAUGGUCAAGUUGCAAAUUCUUUAUAUGCUGGUUAUAUGUGUUUAUUUAAUAAAGAGGUGAAAAAUGUUAAUGAUGCUAGUGAGGUUGAGAUAAGAUUCAAUACUACAUAUGUUCGUGAUGUCCCAGCUCGGUUUUCACAUUUAACUGGUUUAACCGAACUCUUUACCGAAAAAAUGGAUUUAAAUAAAUGUCCUUUAGAUCAAGUUGAUGUGCCGGAAUUAGACAAAAUGCCUCACCUUGGAAUUGCCGUAGCUGGGUUAUUUAAAUAUGAAUUGCAAAAUUUGGAUGAUCAAGAUUGGAAAAAUCUCGAUGAAAAUGAAUUGAAUUCUACUCCAUUGAAUUUAUUAAAUAAUAAGAAAUCAUCUUUUGAAGAAAAUAUCUUUAAAGAAUUUGAAAACCAUAGUGAAAGAACGUUUGGAAAUGGAGAAGCAAAGGAUUCUUCUAGAUUUUCUCAUUCCACCGUUGAUCAAUUUACCUCAUCAAUUGCCUCGGUACCAAAUUUACCUUUUGGCCCACCAAAUGAUCCACUUCAGUCGUUAUCUCUUACUGCUUUUUUUCCGUCUGCUCCGCGUGACACAUAUCUGGAUAAUGACGUGUAUUCAGAAGUGGACGCUGUGCGAGCUCCAAUUUGGAUCCUAGCAUGCAAUUUUUAUCCUGAACAUCAGUUACAUGCAUUACUUUCCAGCAUAUUAGAUGCAACUAUAAUUUCUUUGGAUUGUAACGAUGAAAUUGCCGAAAAAUCAAAUAAUUCAAAGGGCAAUCUUCGUAAUAAGAGUUUUAAAAAAGGUCAGAUUACUGAUAUACCGGGAACAUUCAAAUCUUAUGAUUUAAUUUCUUAUGAUACUGUACGAUAUGCUAGUUCGGCAGCUGGUGGAAUUGUUGAUAUGGACGAUGUAGAUAUUGACAACAUUCUGAAUGUUUUAUUUCAUCCCUUAAGUAAUAAAAUAUUGUCAAAUAAUUAUGAUAAUACAUUGAAUGGUAUUCCCUUGUCAGCAUCGUCCUUAGGACUUAAUUUUCGCGAUGCCAGAACUGUUCCCUAUAAAUCAUUUUUAUGGAACCUUCUUGAAUGUUUGUUGGAAACUGUCUCUCCUAUGACUAGUUCUAGGGGUACAUUUUUAGGAUCUUUGAAAAUUUUAUGGAACGAAAUUAUUAGAGAGAUUCGUCGACAUUGGGAACGAGUUGAACCAUUGCCUGAUGUGAACAUUUAUAAUAUGUCAGAAAAUGAAAAUGAAUCAUCUAUUAUUCAUCAAAAUGAUUCCUUAACAAUAGAUGAUAAUAAAGUGAAGAAUUCCACAGUUGAAAAAACUAAUUUGAGAAAUAUUGGCAUAGACAUGAGAUUUAAUUUAAUUCAUCAAAAGUUGUGCAUGAUGAAUUGUUGUAUUGCACGCAUGCGACAAUAUCAAAAAUAUAACCCUAUUUUGUCCACAAGUCCAAGAUCCAAAAAACAUCGAGUUUCAUCAAAUAAUUCUUUAGAUUCUAUGUCCAAUAAAAUAAAUAAAAAUUCACCGUUAGAACAAAAGCAAACUAUAGAUCCGUUUGUUCGUUUGUUUGACCAUAUAACGGGAGAUGAUGAAAUUGCUACACCCGGAACUUCAGCUUCAAUGGUUUUAGUUCCCCGGGUAAAUUCAAACGGUGCUAGCAACUCUGAAGUCUGUACUUUGGCUGAAAAAGAAGUAAAAUUUCCUAGUCAUAAUCAUUCGGCAAGUAUUGACUAUGUUCCAAUGCCUAGUGUUGGGGAAUUGGAAGAAGAAUAUUUUGAUGCUAUUGAAGAGGCAACGUCAACACCUUUAGGGAUUCCAAGGGGCCAGAAAAAUACGAUUCGAUCAGCCUCUCAACACCGUCGUUCACCAUCUUCAUUCUCUCAUAUACAUUCUAAUUCUCCGACAACUUCUUUAUUUUCCGAGCAAUCUGAUCCAAAUCCACAUGCAUCAUCUUUAUCGGAAUCAUUCAUACAACUUAAUUAUUCAUCUAGUAUGGAAUCAAAUCAAGGGUUUGAAUUUGCGGGUCGAAAUACUCGUUCCGAAAUGGGCAAAAUAUCUUUGAAUGAUGAUAAGGAAGUUAAGGAUGAAAAUGAGAGAGAAGGAAAUUUAUACCAUUUUAAUAAUCUUACGCUAUUGAAAACUGGCAAGCCAUUAUGGGUGCCGGAAACUCAGGAUAUGGGAUUUAUGACCGAAGAUAUGGUACGUGAACAAGAGGAAUUGUUCGAGAAUUUAGGUUCUUCAGAGGAUGCAGCUAAAAUAAGAGCUCAAUUACAUUCUGCUCAUUUGAAAUCUGAUAUGCAAGCCUUCAAAGCCGCAAAUCCACAUGCUGUAUUAGAAGAUUUCGUUCGAUGGCAUUCGCCACGUGAUUGGAUUGUUGAUGAAGGUGGAGAUCCGAACAAGGGAGCUCUUAGUUUACGGAUGAAAGAGAAAGGAAAUCUUUGGCAAGAAUUGUGGAAGUCAUCAAAAAGAAUUCCGGCAAGGCGACAGAAACCCUUGUUUAAGUUCACUCGUGAAGGAGAAAAAGUACUUCACUAUUUGGAAAAUUUAUCAGUUCAGGAUUUGUUUAAACAACUUUUACCUACUAUAUUCCUUAUUGCAUAUGACUCGUUAGUCUCUCAAUCUGUUUCCAAAAAUAUUAAACCAAUAUCAUCUGGUUUAACGGCUUUGGCACAAGAAUUACUUGACUUUCCAUGGAAUGAUGUAGGAACUAAAAAUAUUGUAUGUGACGGAUUAAUACAAUCAUUUAGGCAGAAUGAAAUGCUUAUUGGUAAAGCAAUUUCACUUUUGCGAAAGUUACCAAAUCAAUAUAAUUUAGUAGAAAGAUUAUUAGAAAUACCUGAAACAAAGGUUUUAGACGGAAAAGAACGUGAAACAGUUUAUGACUUAUUUGCUUCUGGAGCACCGCUAAAUGAUUCGUUUCCACAUCCUACAACACGCGAAUUUGUAUUACAAACAACGUGUUUACGACCAACCCCAGUUCCAGCAAGGAUGUAUGUUUCAUUGGAUAAUUCUGGAAUGAGAAUCGUAGAUAUGGUUGGAAAAGAUACAGUAUUUAUGUAA